AUGAGAGUUUUAUUGAAACUGUGCGUUCUUGCCUCAGUCAUCUCCGCCUCCGAGUGGCAAAAGUACUGCGUGGAUACAGUCUGCAAUCGCUGCAGGUCGUACCUCGUCCGAACCAUGGAUGAAAACGCAAAGCACUACAGACGAUGCUUGGCAAUCACAAUCAAUCCCGAGUGCUGCCAGUUCGAGACCAAUCUCCAUUUCAACGUAUUCCCGGUUACGAAUCCCGCUUGUCGCGAUGAAGAACCAGACUCAAAGCUCAAACUCUCGAAAAUGACGCAAAGCGAGAACUGCACCGAACAUACACUUACCUUGAAGCCGAAUGAGACCGAUUCGGAGUCAAACCAGUUGGACGACUUUUUGAAGGACUUCGACGAAGAAGUAAAGAACUCAACAAAGUUCCAAGAAGAGUUGAACAAGAUCCAGCAGCAAAAGUACGGAAUCACCAUCAACAGUAAAAAGUGCGAGAUCAUACUGAACGAGUACAAGACUUGCAAAGAGAUCCGAUCCGAUCAAACUUACAACAACACCAUCCACGUAAGCAAGUACGUUAUCAUUUCGCUCUGCUCCUGCGCCUUUGGAAUCGCGCUUGUGCACUUCUGGAGAUGGUCAAAAUCAGACACAAUGCGACGACAAAGCAAUUUCGUCGAGCGGCAACGAUCACAAGUCCAGAGUCCUCAACUAGCUCAUUCCGCAACCCUCACUUCUGUUGAUGUUCGAUUCUCUCCUUCAGAAAAAGAUUCACUUACCAAGCAUGUAUGA